AUGAAUCUAUACAGUACUUCAAAUAAAAGGCUAUUUAUAUCAAUAAAGAAUAAUUGCUGAAUUCAAGUAAAACUGAUAUUAGAAGGCUAGCAAAUGAAGGCAAAAAUUUUAAAUGCCAAAUAAGAGAAUUAGAUGGUGAAUAUUAUGCCAAUAGAAUAAUUGCAUUAAAAGCAGAAAAUGAUACAGCCUAAACGAUAAGAAAUUAGUCAAGUAUUGCUAUCCAAAUAUCUAAAUAUAAAUUGAUGAGUAAAUUUAUAAGGAGUUAAACUAUAUAAAAAAUCAGGUUGAGACUGGUAAAAAUGAAUUAAAAGUUUUAAAAUAUUUAUAUUAAGUUAUGUGAUAAUAUAAGUUCAGGUAGAGAUAGAAGCAAUAAUCCUUCAAUAAUAAGUUCGAAAAGUUUAGAAAAUAUGCAUUAAAAAUUGUCUCAUUUAUAUAAAAAUUAUUCAGUCAAUUAUAUUUCGAAAAUUAAGAAUUUUAGUAAUUAUGCUGUUGAAAAAUAUGAAGAUUUUAAUCAAAAAUCUCAAGGCUACCAUAUAAUAUCAAAUUCAUUUAUUAAAUGGAAAAAAAAAGCAUAAUAAAUUAAAAAAGUUAAGACGAAUAAUAAUAUAUAAUAUAGCUAAUCAAUGAUUAUUUAUUUCGUUUAUUCUCAAGAUUACUCAUCAAUUAUUUCAUUAAUGGGUAAGAAUAAAAUUAAAGUAAAUUAGGAAGAUAAAUCUAAGACUCAAUCCUCUUAUAGAAUUUAUAAAUUCAAAAAUAACCUCAUUACAAAAUUGAAUGAAAUAGAUUGUUUUUAUAGUACAAGCAGAUUCUAAAAAAAACUUUAUGAUUAUUGGUGGUAAAAGCACUUCUAAAAAGAAAAUAGUAGAGUAAUUAAUUAGAUCUAUGAUUAUGCAACUCUAGUCAAAUGUACUAAGUUACUUUAUGUUAAUAUGAGUAUCACUUAUAAAAUCCAGAAGUGAUCUUUUAUCAAUUGCAGUUAUUGAUUUAACAAUCUCUGACAGAUCCAUAUUAUUAUAUAAAAUAGUUUUUUCAUUAUUAACUUUAAAUCACUUAAAAUCCUUAAAUUUGAUGAUUUAUUUAAUAAAAAAUCAUAUUGUAUCAAAGGCUAUAAUAUAAAAUUAUCAACUUAUACUGAAAAACUUUAAUAUCAUAUUUUUAAAAUUAAUUAUUUAAUCUCUAGUAAUAAUUACUAAUCUUUACAGAUAUUAGUUAAAGUCUUAUUUAAAAAGGGGAAAGACAUAAUUUUAUAUUGAAUUGUUUAGAAUAAAUGAAUAAUGA